CCCCGUCCAUCUCUUGCUUCUUCUUCUCCUCCAUGUACCCAUACUGAUCGACUGACUGGAUACCCAACCCAUACCAAUGAACCUCCGCAGCCUCCCCCGCCCCACACUCCUCGGGCGCGCGGUCGCCCUCAUCGGCGGCGAGCUGCUCUUCAACGCCGCGAUGUGGGUCGCGGCGGGUAUUGCCUUUGGGCAGCGGGACGGCUUGCUAGGCAUCGCCUUGCUGGCUUGGACGCUCGGCCUUCGACACGGCCUCGACGCAGACCACAUCUCGGCGAUUGACAACGCGACCCGCCAGAUGGUCAGCAUGGGCCAGCUGCCCCUCACCUGCGGGCUGUUCUUCAGCCUGGGCCACUCGACAAUUGUUAUCGCUGUGAACGUGGCUAUUGCUGUCAGCGUCGACAUCUACGACAAGCUCGACAAGGUCGGCUCGGUCGGCGGCAUCGUCGGCACGUCGGUCUCCGCUAGCUUCCUCUUCCUCGUCGCGUGCAUCAACACCUUCUUCCUCGUCGGCGCGAUCAGGUAUCGCAAGAAGCAGAAGGCACGGGUCAAGGCCGGCCUUCCCCCAGAGGAGGGCGACCCGACCGCGAUCCAGGGCGGCGGGUGCUUGGUGCGCAUUAUCGCGCCGAUCAUGCGCGCGGUCGACAAGCCGUGGAAGCUGUAUCCCGUGGGCAUUCUGUUCGGCUUUGGCUUCGACACGGCCUCCUCCAUCGCCCUCCUCGCCAUCUCGGCCAUCGCGGCGCGCGGACCAAAGGGCGAGGCCAUCAGCCACGGCAAGGUCGUGAUCCUGCCGUUCCUCUUCACGGCGGGCAUGUCGCUCGUCGACAGCCUCGACUCGGUGCUCAUGCUGUACGCGUACGCGCAGCCAAACCUCAAGGGCGCGGACGGCAAGCUGCACCUGUUCUACCGGCCGCUCAGGCUCCAGGCGGACGUGGAGAGCGUCGCACCGCUCAACUCGCCCGUCGCCGAGUCGUCUGAGCCCCGGCCGCCGCUCCCCCGCGACGACAGCAAGACGGACAGCAAGCUCAACGACGACGAGACGAUCGUCGAGGCACAGGCCGAGGAACACAACGCCCGCAUGCUCGCCGCCAAGGCGAGCACCAUCUCCUCCCUGUCCAUCAGCCUCACGCUCCUCUCCAUCCUCGUCGCGCUCAGCAUCUCGCUCAUCGAGAUCAUGGGCCUCAUCGGCGAAAACUGCACCCAGUGCCGCGAGGCCGCUGAGGCCGAGGACGGCGGCGGACUCGCGGGCAGCUGGUGGCGCGCUUGGGCGAGGGCCAACGACGCAAGCGGGUACGUCGGCGCCGCGAUUGUGGGCUGCUUUGUCGCCAUCCUCAUUGCGUACCAUGUCGCCCGGUGGCUUUGGAAGAAGCGGGCGGCGAAGCGCCGCGCUGCACACGAGGAACAGGCUCAGUCGCAGACGCAGUACGCGGAUGAAGACGAGGCACGGGCGCGGAGCCCAGUCGAGAACGAGGCAGAGACACCGCAAACAUAGACGCAAGAAGCACACCCCACUACCACCCACGUUCUCGUGUAGAUCUUACAUGUUCAUGCAUGUUUUAGAACACGGUACA